AUGAAAACAUUAGAAGAUAAAAGAAUAAAAAUUUAAUAGAAUUAACAAGAUUAGGAAUCAUAAAUAGUUUAAUACAAUUCCUCAAAAAGAAGAAGAAAAAACAGAUAAAAAAUUGAAACAGAAGGUUCAUCAGAAGAUGAUGGUUUUAAUCGAUUAACUAAACUAAAAUCAAAAAAGAAUUUAACACCAACUUAUUUGAUAUAAAUUCUCGACUAUCUUAAAACAGACCCAUACGGAUUUUAAUCAAUAAGGAUAUUUACUUUAUGCGAAGAUGCAAUUUUAGAUGAAAAAUUAAUUAAUUCACCUUUGGUUCCAUAUUUAGUUGAAAUCAUCUAUGCAUUAACUAAAUACAAACAAUAAAUUCCUUUUAAACCUUUACCUUUACUCUUAAAAGCAUUUAGCCUUCAUUAAGAAUAUAUAAUUUUAUAAUACAUCUAAAUGUAUUUAUAAAAUAACAAGCAUGAAAAACAUUAGAUUGAUUAAUUUUGCAGAUAACAAUUUCAAAGUGAAGAUUAGAAUCUGUUAUAUGUAUUAUGCAAGAGUUUCAAAUAUGCCAACCUGUAAAUGUUGCUAUUUUUGUGUGAGACUAUUGGAAAUAAGGAUCUUGUUCAAGCAAUAAAGUUUUAUGGAGAGUUCAUAUUCGACACAAAUAUAGAAUAUCAAAAGGGAUAUAGAAGCACUAUUAAAAAAAUAUAAUAAAUAGCUGAAAUUGUGUUAAGUGGUCCUGAAUUCUAUUUUACGCAAGAAGAAGAUCUAGAAAUUUGA